GGAACUGUAACUCAUCAUUGGCUCACUACGAGCUAAGCUGCUUCGAGUAAUCAAAUAUCGGUCGCUAUUGAAUGGCCGGGCAAUUGGGAUAUGAGAAACCGAGCUGGUACCGUGUUUGCCGGGCUGAACCGAGACACCCACCGAGAUACAGCUAUGAAAGGACCUAUGAUCCUCAUAUCUCGGGUCUCAUCCAGUACCUAACCAUUAGUUAUCCAUCAUUGCUCUAAAGUCUUUAAGCAAUACCCUUAUCCGCGAUCUUCACAAUGUCAGAUCCUCCAUCUCGCAUCCGCUCCAUUCUCAACCAUCUCCGCCCUCAUCCCACGGCGCCUGUCAACUUCCACACUCUAUCACCAACAACAUUUCUUGAGCGUGCUGCUUCCAUUGAACCAGAUGCGGAAGCCAUCUUCCAUAUCACAGUGAAUGGUGCUGUGCUACGGCGCUCCUACGCUGAGUUUGCUGAUCGCGCCCGAGGUCUUGCUUACUACUUCCUGAAGCAUGGCUAUCGACGCGUAGGCGUACUCGCGCCCAACACGCCAGCUUUUCUGGAGUCUAUUUACGGCAUUGUUGCGGCGGGUGCUGCCAUUGUGCCAGUGAAUUACCGCCUGAAGCAGGAUGACAUCGCCUACAUCUUUGACUUUGCAGAGGUGGACUGCAUUAUUGUUGAUAAUGAGUUUGUUGGCUUGCUCGAUGCCUAUAAGGAGAAACACCAGAGUGUGCCCUUGAUCGUUGAUAUGGAUACUGAUGCAACUGAAGGGCAACUAUCCGGACCUUUUGACGAAGCCGUCUUGGAGGGGUUGAAGCAUGACAUUGACCAAGGUAGCCAUGGCUGGGCUGGCCUUCAUGCCCAGGCACGAAGUGAGGAUGAUAUGCUUGCCAUCCCUUUUACCUCUGGAACAACAUCACGUCCCAAGGGCGUAGUAUACACACAUCGAGGUGCCUAUCUCGCUGCCAUGGCCAAUAUUAUUGAGUCGGGCCUCAACAUUGGACGGUGUAAAUACCUAUGGACGCUUCCCAUGUUCCACGCAAUUGGAUGGACAUUUCCUUGGUCAGUUGUCGCUGUUCGCGGCACCAAUGUUUGCUUAAGAAAGAUUGACUACCCGCUUAUUUGGAAACUGCUAAAAGAAGAGGGGAUCACUCACUUUAACGCCGCUCCUACAGUCAACACACUGCUAGUAGCGGCCAGGGAAGCUGAAAGGCUACCGCAAGAGGUCAAGGUUACCGUAGCCGCUAGUCCACCCACUGGAUACCUCUUUGAGCAGAUGACCAAGCUUAAUCUCAUGCCCGUUCACGUUUACGGAAUGACAGAAACAUAUGGGCCCAUCACGAAAUGCUAUAUUCUUCCUGAAUGGGAUAAUCUACCUCCCCAAGAAAAAUUUGCCAAGAUGUCCCGGCAAGGCCAUGGCUUCAUCACAAGUCAACCAAUCCGGGUCAUCAAGCCAGACCAGCCACAGGGCGUGCUUAUUGACGUCGCCAAGGACGGUAAGGAAGUUGGUGAGAUUGUUUUCAUCGGAAACAUCUGCGCCAAAGGAUAUUACAAGGAUCCUGAAGCUACACGGCAGCUCUUUGCCGGAGGCGUACUUCACUCUGGGGAUCUUGCAGUCUGGCAUCCUGAUGGUAGCGCUCAGAUUCAGGAUCGUGCAAAGGACAUCAUCAUUUCGGGGGGUGAGAACAUAUCAUCUGUUGCUCUCGAAAGCAUGCUCGCCCAGCACCCAGACAUCCUUGAAGCUGGCGCUGUAGCUGUCCCGGAUUCACACUGGGGUGAACGACCCAAGGUGUACAUCACAGUCAAGGAUGGCAAGAGUGUAACAGGAGAGGAGGUCAUCUCGUGGGCCAAGCAUCAGAGUGAUAUUAGCAAGUUCAUGGUUCCUAGAGAAGUCGAAGUUGUAGAUGAGCUCCCCAAGACAAGCACAGGCAAAAUCAAGAAGAACGUGCUGAGGGAGUGGGCCAAGCACGGAAGGGAAUAGGAGAGUCACUUGGGACUUGUGGGGAAAAGAGCGGCAUGGAACUCAUUCGAGUAACUUGGACCAAUUUCUUUAGCACUCUUGUAUAUAUCACAUAAUAUAUCUAACAUCGUAGUGCAGCCGUUCGAGUGUUGCGAAGUUGACGGAUAGGUUUGCUUCCAACCCAUUAUUUCGUGACGUGUUAUGUGAUUAAUCAACAUUCAUUCGAA